AUGAUUUACACUACCCGUAACUUUAACUAUUGGUCAUCGCGUGGUAUACCCGGACCCAAACCGUUACCAUUAUUAGGCAAUUUAUUUACUAAUUUACUGAAACCAAUACCCAAAGUAUUAUUGGAUAAUCAUAAACUUUAUGGCAAAGUUUACGGUACAUAUAUGGGUAGUCUACCCAUACUUAACAUAUCUGAUCCACAAUUAGUCAAACAAAUGAAUAUCAGAGACUUUAAUGUAUUUAUCGACCGAAACGAUAUUGAUUUUGUCGAUCCAUUACAAGAAAGAUCUUUAUUUAAUAUGAAAGCCAAUGAAUGGAAAAAUAUGCGAUCAAUUAUAUCGCCAACAUUUUCUUCAAGUAAAAUGCGUUCAAUGCAUCCGAUUGUUGUCGAUUGUGUUCAACGAUUGGAUAGAUAUAUGGAACCAAAAGCCCGGAACCGGGAGACUAUUGAAACGAAAAAAACAAUGGGCUGUCUGACAAUGGAUGUAAUAGCUGCCUGUGCUUUCGGUACACAAAUCGAUACCUACGAUGACCAGAAACCCAGUGAAUUUGUAUUGAAUGCACAGAAAGUGUUUGCCGUAGGUUUGCGACCGCUUUUGUUUCUGGCCAUCCUAUCGAUGGGUAAAAGAUUUUUGAAGCUAACCGGCUAUAAGUUUACGGAUCCGACGGUUGAAAAAUUUUUCACACAAGCGAUCCAAUCAAUUAUAGCUAAACGAAAGUCUAGUGAUGUUAAGCAACAACAACAACAACAACAAAAACCUGUUGAUUAUUUGCAACUGAUUUUGGACGCUAAAGACAAAUGCAUGGAUACUAAUGAUGAGGAACUGGAUGUCAAUGGUAGUAGUAGUACACGUAGUAGUAGUAGUAGUAGUAAUGGUGUCGACGACAGUAGUAAAGAAAUUUACGGCCAAUCGGACGACACUAAUGACAAAACUAGUAAUACCAACAACAACAACAAGUUGAUAGACAUUACCGAUACGGACGUAUUGGCGUCGAGUUAUGUAUUUUUUGUUGCCGGCUACGAAACUACCGGUUCUCUACUAUCGCUACUGUUCUAUAGGCUGGCACUGGACGAGGAUUGUCAGCAAAAAUUGUUUGACGAAAUUCGUCGGCUAAACGGCCGAUACGAUUACGAAACCAUUGGUAAAAUGUCAUAUCUGGAGGCCUGUAUUGCCGAAACACUACGGCUAUACAAUCCGGCCGCUUAUUUCACACGUAUAGCUAAUCAAGAUUAUACUAUUGAGAGUAUUGGCUUAAAAAUACCGAAAGGCAUGAAUGUUAGCUUCGAUAUCGAAACAUUGCAUCACAAUCCCGACUAUUAUCCCGAACCCGACUGUUGGAAACCCGACCGGUUUAUGCCCGAAAAUCGUGAUCGAUUGGUUCCCUAUACGUAUAUGCCGUUUGGUUUGGGACCGAGAAAUUGUGUGGCCAUGAGGUUUGCACUGAUGGAAACUAAGACAGCGGUUGUCUAUUUGGUUAAUAAAUAUCAUUUUUAUCGGACACCCGAAACCAAUUUGCAACCGAAACCACAGAUUAUGCAAUUUUUGCUUAAUUUAAAACCGCUUAAUAUUGGCAUUGAAUUGAGAAAUUAA